AUGGAAGGCCUACCAAAGAUCGCUGUACUGCCGCCGAUUGCCCUGGAAGAAGGCGAGCUUCUCUCCAUCUGCAGAAAGUACACCGAAAUUGACUUCGGAUCCGAAAAGAGCAGCAGGAUCGAUGUGGAUGACAGUGGACUUGCUCAAGGCGGGCUUGCCAACAACGAACAUUCACCGUCACCUCAGCAGCAGAAUGCACUGAAUCUCAACUCGUCACCGGCGUCUCAUCAUGAGCGUGACAAUGAGUCAAGUCAGCUAACAUGUUCCACGACUCAUACCACUCCUUUGAAGCACCUCGUUGUGAGCAACACGUCCCGGUUACGGAAUGAGUACACCACCUUCCUAUCGGAGCUGCUGGUUUGCGAUCUUCCACUAGAAGCCACCACCUAUUUCAAGAGCCUUGCCUCGCAAAUUGUUCAGAUUGGAGGACAUCUACAACUUCAUCAGCAUAACGAGAACAAACAGGAUGCCGAAGACAUGCUCAUGGAAGAAGCUCAAGAACUUGUGCAUCUGCUUGAGUCAUCCUCGAAGAACUGUGCUGAACAGAUCAAGAAUAUCGAACAUGUCAAAAGUCUUGCCGCCUUCACCCUUGUGCCGACCGAUGUGGCUCUGUGGUCCAACUAUCGCCAGCGUGUUAGUCUGGUCUCGAGGAAUCUUGCGCUCCCAUCUCUCAGCGAAUACAGUUUGAUCGAAGCCCUGAUUCAGGUGCACGAUGCCUAUGUCCAUGACACCUAUCUUCAGCUCACCAACAGAGGUGCUCCAACGGCCGAGUCCAUGCUCUCCACAACCCUCCGUACCAUGAUCGAUGACCUGACGACCACUGUCCACAACCUCCUAAUUGUGUACGAACGCUGGCUUCGAGCCUCUCAGCUCUUCCGCGCUACCCACAUGCUUCCUCUUCUCCGCCGUAUCCAAGAUUCACCUUGGGUUCGACGCGAGAUUGAGCAAUUGGAGAUUAAUAUCGAGAUGGCCCGGAUGAGCCUGCAGAAGAAAUACGAGAGCGGCGAGAUUGAGCGAGUGCUGCAGGAAGAUCAGCUGCGGGGAGCGGAGAUGUUAGCUGAGCGGAGGAGUAAGAGCUCGGUCUUACCCGGGCAGCUAGGUCGAGGUGAUGGUUUGAGUACAGGUUCAGGAAAGGGCAACGGAAAGGCGAAGAUUGGAAGAGCGGGCACGAGGGUACGCAGGGAGCAUACUAUGUGA